GAAUUAUAAGAGGGUGUUCGCAAUCUAUCACAUAACCUGUAAUUGUACCCGGACGUUGGGUUGGAAAACCAUGACAUAAUUAAUGGUUUAAGUUUUGAUUCGCAGUUAACACUUGCCAUGCAUUGAUUUAUCUAAAAAGGCAGAUUAUAGAUACCUACUAUAUUACUUACGAACAAUCUUUAGGUAAAAGUCACCAUGCAAACUUUAGAUGGAUAUGAACUUUUCAGUAUUUGUUAAUUUCGAUCAUAUUCAUCGAAAUAAAAACACAUUGCAUGCACCAAAACAGCACUAGCCAUACUAUCUGCAUGUCAAUAACAAUACGUGCAUAGUGUUUGUAUAUUGAAAGUUAAUAUUGUGAUAUUUUAAUGUAUGAAUGCUACUAAAUAUUUUUUAAUCAAUGUCGGAGCGUUAGAGAAAUAACAAAAUGUUAAUUUCAACAGAGUGCCGUAUGAGUUCGCUCUUUACUUUUUUUUUUGUAACCUUCUCCCCCAACAAUCAUUACACAUACUCAGAACCAAGGAUUAACACUAACAUUUUCAUCUUCAAACUACAUUCAACAGACUACAAUCACAUAAACAUAUUCUAAUUUUGAUGUGCCGAAAUUCUUUCCAUAAACUCACUUCAAAAAAGAACUCCCAAUGUCAAUUAUGUCUUGGAUACCUAUUCCCAGAACAGAAAAAAAACCCAUAGAAGAAGAAGAUCCCAGCAUAGAAACAUUGCUGUAUAGUGGUGAUGAAAAUCCUUUGGCUAACUGGUCCAAAUUUGUCAAAGCCGGUUACAUAAAGCGUGUAGAAGACGAGGAAGUUCGUGAAAAAGUUUUGGAGUUGAUAGGGCCAUGCGACAGCGUUUGGAUAACCACACCAAAGGACAUGGGAGAGAAGAUCGGGACCUGUUUCGACUGGCUUUUCUUCAUCAUAAAACCAUUUCCCUAUAAAGAAUUAUCCAUAGAACUACAGGUUAUAGAUAACACAGCUAAAAGACAUGGAUUCAAAUUCGAAAACAAAAUAACAACCACAAAUAACCGACAUAUUUUUUCUAAGAUAGGCAUUAAUAUGAGUCAUGGUUGGUCUUUACUUGAGUUGGAUUUGCAGAAAUUGGUGUUCAAAUGCUGCGGAGCCCGAUUUGCAGAACUGUGUUGUAUCAGGAUCCAUGGCAGUUGCAGAGUGCUAAGGGUUUAUACAACAGCUUCCUACGUGUCCCAGGACGAACUUCCUCUACACUACAGGCCCUGUGCUAAAUCUGCCUUCAGUGGUGCCAAAAAACAUAUUCCGAUGAUUAAUACAUGAUUUUUCCUGUUCUGUUUCAUUAGACCUGUUUCAUUUAAUGUAAAAAGUAAUAAGCUAUUACACAUUUUCUCGUAUCGAAUUAAAAAUAUUCAAUUGGUCUCUAUUUCGAAUUAAGUUGACUUUGCAACUGUCCCUCCGGCUGUGUCAUAUGAAACAAUAUUUCCUUUUGGUAAAAUGAAGUCUUUACCAACAAUAGCUAAUUUUACUCUUCAAGUUGUACACACAAUUGAAAUUUGGGAAAUUAAAAACACACUAAUUCCAGAAAAUCAAAUUUUACGGGAGGGUGGACACCUCAUGAUAAUCAGAAAAGUGGACUUACGAUUUUUUUUGUACUUCGAAAUGAUUAGUGGGUCAUGUUCAUUCAUAUAUAUUGAGGGCGGGGUGGCCGAAUGGGCUAACGCGAGUGCACAUUACCGCGCGUUGACCGGCAACCUGAUAACCGAAGUUAGAUGGAAAAUAUUACUGAUUUGAAUAUUAAAAUAUUGAAAUCCGG